AUGCCCGGCGUGGGCUGGAGUCUGAAACGAGUCUCGCUGCUGGUGGGCAGUUGCAUUUUCCUCAUCAUCUACUGGACCUCGCGCAGCACCGCCGCCGCCAAUCUCCUCCUCUCCGCCUCCGAUGAUGACGACAACCUCCCAACCGCGCCGCAACGACCCCACUUCGACCUCCCCGACUCGUACGUCCCGCCUCCGCCUCCGCCCAAACCGCCCAAAAAGCCGGCCAUUUCCUGGGCCGAGGCCAAAUUCAAGGCCGACGCCGAGGAAGCCGCACGACGGCGCAAGGAAGAACAUGAGAGGAAGUUAGCGGAGCUGCCGGAGAACAAGGCCAAGGCGGAGGAGAAUGCAAAGAAAGUGGCCGCCGAGCAACAACGUGCGCUAGCCAAAGAGAAGGAGCUGGAGGCGCAGUCCAACGAGCACAUGCUGCCAUUCCAGUCCGAUUUGGACCAUCUCGACCUGCCGACGUUCAACACGCGCCACCUCCGCCGCUACAUCCCGCACAACUGGAAGGGCGCGGGACAUGCCACCAUUGCCACGUACCUAGCGACGCCCGGAGGAUCGCUGCGGGAACCCUACUUCCUCGCCGCCCUCCAACUCGCAUAUCGUCUGCUGUGGGAUCCGCGGACCAAGUCGGAAAACACCUUCACCGUCUUCGUCGCUCCCCACAUCACCGAUCAACAGCGCGACAUACUCUCCGCCGCCGGUGCUCUGGUUCGCCAACUCGAUCCCAUCGACACCCCCGCCGAAGCCCAAUUCCCCCGCUGGAAAUUCCAAUUCGCCAAAUUGCACAUGUGGAAGCAAUUCGACUUCUCCCGCGUCCUUUUUCUCGACUCCGAUGCCUUCCCCAUGCAGCCCAUUGACGAUGUCUUUCGCGCCCCGCUACAGGACUGCAAGCGCGACCUCCUCCCCAUGGAAGAUGCCGCGUUGGCCGACAUCCUCUGCCAAUACACUUUCCACGUCGCCCCGCAAGGCUUUCAAAAAGAGGGGGAACUGGCGGAAUUGAAUGUCGGAGUCAUGUUGUUGCAACCCAAUGAUAGCAUGCACAAGAGACUGUUGCGAAACUACCCCAAGACUGAUACUUGGGAUACGAGAAUGGCCGAUCAGGGCUAUCUGAGUGAAAUGUUUCGCAGUGAUGGGCCCUUUCCUUUUGAGAGUUUGGAUCGCAAGUGGAAUGGCUUCUUUCCGCAGGAGAACGAAAAAAAUACACUCAAAGUCGUCCAUGAGAAACUGUGGAUGCAGGCCACGGAUCCAAACGAUCCCUUGAAAUGGGCCAAGGAUGACUUCAUCGAGACCCAUCUCGCCAUGGUCAAGUUUUUUAACGGCGAUCUCUUCCCUGCCAUGAGGGAGAAGGACGGCUUGAAGGAGUUUGAGUGA